CGAGCACAGCCCAGAUCGGCAACCUUCCAAGACGCGGCUCACAACACCUCCAUUUGCCUCGAACAAGCACACGAACGCGCAAGAUGUCAGGACGACAGCAACGAGUGAUGGUUCAGCCCAUCAAUGUCAUCUUCAAACAUCUCCAAGCUGGCCAAUUGGUUCACAUCUGGUUAUACGAUAACACCGAAUUCAGACUGGAAGGAAAGAUCAUCGGGUUUGACGAAUUCAUGAAUGUAGUGCUCGAUAACGCAUCGGAAGUCUGGGUCAAAUCGAAGAAAGGAACACCGCAUCGAGAAGCAGUUGAAAAGGGAGCACGAGUAUCACUAGGUCGAUUGCUACUGAAGGGAGAAAAUAUUACUCUGAUCGAAGCAUUGAAAUAAACUUGAAAUUAAACAAAAACAAGACUCAAUACCCCAAUACUUGUCAAUAUGUUAUGAUAUUUUAGGGUUUUCUUGCAUUGGGCAUAAUAUGUCAACUUGAUAUCCAAGAACCAAGUGGAUACAUGGCCAUUCCACAAAUUCUUGCACACCAAAUAAUACAAAACUGUCUCUCUUUUGCACAGUUAGAUGGAAAACAGUAACUUUUU